AAACUGUAUUUUUUUCUAGGUGAUAUAUAGGGGCAGAGAGUUUAGACCUGUCAAACACACAUGCCACUCCUCUAGUGAAUACCUGCUGGACUGCUGUCACAAAAAAACGUUGGGAUGAGUCCCUUUGCAUUGCUGUUUUUGUACACACUGGGAAUAUCAGUGGUUCUGGCAGACCACAACACAGAGGAAUCCAGACCUUCAGAGACGCCGAGGCUCUCGGUGGAGACAAAAAAUCCAGAAGAGCCCUCUGGACAAAAAAAUGAGCCCUGCUCAAAGAGAUGUACCUGUCUUCAUGAUGACUACACCUUAGAGCUCAACGUCUACUGCAGUACACGAAACUUCACUCAAGUGCCCUCCGACAUCCCCGCAUCUACACGUUCGCUAUGGCUGGACGCAAACCUAUUCACUACAAUACCAGCAGGCGCCUUCGAAAAAUUUACCAAUCUGGAGUUCUUAAACCUACAGAGUGGCCUGCUGGUAACGGUUGAUGGCCAUGCAUAUAAAGGCCUGCAUUCCCUUGCUCACAUGCACCUUGAGAGAAACAACAUUCGUUCAUUACCCGGCAUAACCUUUCAAGGCACACCGAACCUUGCUUCACUCAGUCUCAACAAUAAUCAGCUGUCUCGAAUAGAUGAAAAGUUAUUUGCGGGACUCUCUCACAUGUGGUUGUUAAACUUGGGAUGGAAUUCGCUUUCUGUCCUGCCGGAGACGGGAUUCCAGGACCUGCAAGGAUUACGAGAGUUAGUUCUUGCUGGGAAUCGACUGGCUUAUCUACAACCUCAAUUAUUUCAGGGUCUCACUGAGCUCAAGGAAUUGGACCUAACUGGAAACUACCUAAAGGUAAUAAAAGCAAAUGUGUUUCUGAAACUACCAAAGCUGCAGAAGCUUUACCUGGCGCAAAACCAGAUAGUAACGGUGGCACCUAGGGCAUUUGUUGGUGUGAAAUCAUUAAGGUGGUUGGAUCUCAGCAAAAAUCGCCUAUCGAUACUUCAUGAUGACACGUUCCUCGGUCUUCAUAGCCUACAUGUGCUUCGCCUGUCAAAUAACUCAAUCAGCAGCCUACGACCCGGGACUUUCCGUGACCUGCAGUACCUCGAGGAACUCUGCCUAUCUCACAAUCAGAUCCGUGCAUUGGGAGUCAGAGUUUUUGAAGGGUUGGGUCACUUAGAGGUUCUCAAUUUAGAGCAUAACCGGCUACAAGAGGCACGUAUGGGCACGUUUAUGGGUCUCAAUCACCUUGCUGUGAUAAAACUUACCGGUAGCUGUUUCCAAAGCCUACCAGAUCAAGUUUUCAAGGGUCUGUCGAAGCUUCACAGCAUUCACCUGGACAGAAGUUGUCUGGGAAAAGUCUCAACACAAAGUUUUAUUGGCCUAACCGGCCUUCGGCGUCUUUUCCUACAGCACAACAACAUCUCUGUGGUUGAGCGGCAAAGUUUUGUUGAACUGCAAGGGCUACAACAGCUUGAUCUAAGGUUCAACCAGUUAUCAUCCAUCACAUCUCACACGUUUUACGGCCUAAGGAACCUAGACUACCUGCUUCUGUCAGGCAACUUACUUCGUCAUCUUCCUGCUGAGGCACUGCUGCCUUUGCAACACCUGUCUUGGUUGGAUCUCUCUGUAAACAAGAUGGAGUCCAUACUCAACGCAACAAUAUACAUGCUGCCACGCCUGCGUUACUUGAACCUGAAAGACAAUGCGCUCAUCAACCUGCCGGGGUCUAUUCCCGAAACCUUGGACCAACUUUGGCUCUCGGGGAACAACUGGAAAUGUGACUGCAGUGCUAAACCGUUCAGAGAUUUUGUUUUGCGGAAGCCACAUGUGGUUCCGCUGCAGGUGGAAAUGCUUGGGGAUGGUGACGACCCUCAUACACUUGUCACAAUAUACAAUAACAUCACAUGUACCAGCCCACCUAGUGUUUCUGGACUUGACUUGCGAAACACUGAAAAUGAACACUUUCGGUACUGUUAAAAAAUUUAAUUCCAAUCUAACUAAACAUUAAGAAAUAUUGUUCAAUUGAUGUAAUCCUUAUUAAACCAUGUUUCUAGAGGCAUUCCAACACUAAAACUUCGGCAUUCUGGCACACCUGUUUUAGGUCUUAACGUGUUCUACAUACAUCUGAUAAGUUGAAUAACUGUGUUUGUUUAAGGAGACAUCCAAAAUUGUGUCCUGUUGGUGUGCUUCUGGGAACAGGAUUGGGAAACAUUGUUCUAACUCAUGCAAGCGCUUUAAUCUCUGACAUUUAUUUAUCUUCAGCACUGCCUACGUUUGCAAACAAACCUUAAUAGGACACAUGAAAGUCUUCCCUGAAUGCAAGCGAAAAUCAUGAAUAAUGGUUGUGUUGAUGUAUUCAGAUGAACACAUUUUGUAGACAUAAUAAAAUAAAAAAAACUUGGAAAGGCAGUAAAAAGUGGCACAUAUGCUUUGGUACCAUUUAAGAUGCAUUAUGUAAGAUGUUUCAUGCAAAAUAAAGAUGUUUUCUGAGGGCACUGA